GAUAAUUAAAAUAUAUAUAGCAUUUAAUAUAUACUGAAAUCUGCAUAUAUAGUGGCAGCAAAAUGAUGUUCUGCAUUCCACAGGAUGGUUAAGAUUCCAAAUGAAAAGAUGACUGCAUAAGCUGAUGGAUGGAUGGGUGGUGAACAAUUGCGGUGAAACCUGAAAGGAUACUACUGAUGCUGCACUGCACACAGCACAGCUGCACCCGAAACGCACGCACGCACGCGACAGGCGACAGCGCCAGUAGAGGCCCGGGCUUACAUAAAGGGCAGCCACUCCGGCCCCGACCGCUUCUUCGCAAACCUCCCCUCUCCCAUCGACUUACUCCGUCGUCCGUCGCACUGCCACGGAUCACCCUCUUCCUUCGUCUUCCUCCACAAAACCUAUAGUGCUGGUGCGCCGAGGAGCUAGCUAGCUAGCCCGGCCGGCCGGCGCCAUGCCUCCCGUGAAGGCCGAGGACCUGGUUGUGCACGCCGUCAAGGAGCAGUUCGCCGGCCUCGACUACUGCAUCACCAGCCCCCCCCCGCCAUGGAGUACGUUAUUAAAGCUCUGCCUGCCACCAUUUGGUUCUGUUCGGUUUGCUUAGAUUGCCACCCGCCUACACGCACUGACUGAUGACUGAUGUCGGUCGAUGGUCUCUCUGUGGGCGCUGAACCGCUUGUCGUUUCGUGCUCUGCUGUAGUCACGACGGUGCUCGUUGGCUUCCAGCACUACCUGGUCAUGCUCGGCACCACCGUCCUCAUCGCCACCAUCAUCGUCCCGCUCAUGGGCGGCGGCAUGUGAGACUGACUUUCCUUCUUCUUCAUUCCCCUUUAUUUCGUCGUUUUCCUGGACCUGGACGGACGGGCACUGAUCGAUGAGCGCACGGACACAUGCAGGCCGAGAAGGCGAUCGUGAUCUAGACCAUCCUCUUCCUCUCCGGGAUCAACAUGCUGCUGCAGGUCCACUUCGGCACGCGGCUCCCCGCCGUGAUGAGCGGCUCCUACACCUACAUCUACCCGGUCGUGGCCAUCAUCCUGAGCCAACGAUACGCGCUCCUCAUCGACCCUCUCGAGAGAUUCGUGUUCACGAUGAGGUCGCUCCAGGGCGUGCUCAUCAUCGUCGGCGUCUUCCAGGCCGUCGUCGGCUUCUUCGGCAUAUGGAGAGUCUUCAUUAGGUUCCUGAGCCCCCUCACGGCGGUCCCCUUCGUCACGCUCACAGGCCUGGGACUCUUCUUCUCCGCGUUCCCCGGGGUCACCAAGUGCAUCGAAGUGGGUCUCCCCGCCCUUGUCCUCCUGGUGAUCUUCGCAGAGUACGCCUCCCACGUGUUCGCUAAGGGGAGCUUCGUGUUCAGCCGGUGCCCCGUGCUGGUGACCGUCGUGAUCAUCUGGAUCUACGCCGAGAUCCUGACGGCGGCCGGCGCCUACAACCAGCUGGGAAUUACCUGACCAAUUACAGAUGACUGCAUAAGUUGAUGGUCGCCGCUCUUGCCAAAACAGGGAGGGAAGCCCCUCAUGGCUGGCUCGGACUGGGUCCUUCGUCGAACACCUGUCGUGCAGCCCCCCGCCCCCUCGUUUGGAUCACAACGCAGAGCAACGCUCCUCACCGCACCAGUCCGCACCGCCCGACGAGCAACACCACGGAAGACAUGACCACCCGCGCGCAGAUUGGCCACAGAAAUGCGCAGGCCGCCGCCAGAGAUUGCUAGAUCCGGCAAUGCCACCGCCAGCAGACGCCGGGGCCAGGGGUCGCGCCCGCCGCCGCUGUGGCCAGGGGGCGUGUGCCUCGCCCUCGCCGCGACGGGGAGGAGAGCGCACCCGCCGCUCUCACCGCGACAGAGAGGAGAGCGCGCCCGCCGACGCCGGGGCCAGAGGUCACGCCCGCCGCCGCUGUGACCAGGGGCCGCGUCCGCCCCGCCGGGAGGGCCACGUGCCUCGCCCGCGCCGUCGGGUGGGGGCCGCGUCGCGCCCGCUCGCGCCGGUGGGGCAGCGCGCCGCCAUCGGGGCUGAGGCCGGGGGCCGCGUCCACGCAGGGGCCGCCCUCUCCGGUGCCAUGCAAAGUCGACAUCCUCCCCUUGCUCCAGGCGUUGUGGUCUUGGCGCGUAGGGCGCGUCGGUGGAGGGGGCGCUGUGGCCGCGGGCAUCGCAGGGACGGGGCAGGGGCAGCGCGGGCACGAGUGCGAUGAUGGCGGGGCGGCGAUGGAUAGUGCGAUGAUGGCGGGGCGGCGAUGGAUAGUGCGAUGAUAGCGGGGCGGCGAUGGAGGUUUCCUGGGAUUGCGCGACCAAGAGCGGAGCAAGGGGAGGAUGUCGGAGGUAGAGGCAGGGCAGAACCGUGCGCCACGCUACUGUGGACUCCUACGGUAUCUUCUUAAGAGUAGUAGAGAUUAGCUAAAUUUACUUUUACAGAAUCAUAUAUCUAGUCUUGGAGUUGCUCAUCUUCUUCAAACUUUUUUUUGGAACCGGAGUAGCCCCUACAGUAAACUAUAUAUUUAAAAACUAAUGCGAGUUUUACAAAGUAGACAAGAAAAAAGAAAGAAAGAAAGAAAAAACAUUGUUUAUAAGAGGAAAAA